AUGUCUGCCCCCGUUGCAAUGAAGCACUUUGCGAACGCCCAGAAAGAGUACAAGCCACCGCUCAUUGCCAAUGAGAAUGCUUUCCUCGGCGACGUAUACAGCAGUGAUCAAACCAAUCCUGAGCAUCCUAUCAGCUGUGGCUUCUACAGGCUUGAAAAGGGCACCCCACUUGUCUACACCUACACUUAUGACGAAAUGAAGAUCGUUGUGGAAGGUCAAUAUACCAUUUCGGACGAGGCGGGCAACAAAGUGGAGGCCAAGCCUGGUGAUGUCUUCUUCUUUCCCAAAGGCUCGACCAUCACGUUUACGACCGAGGAUUACGGCUUGGCCUUUUACACCGGUGCCAGAAAGGAAGGUGCGGCGUAG